CAUUGUUCUCCAUCGAACUAAAUAAAAAGAAUCUAUUGCAGGCAAAUUCACCAGCUCAUCGUGGGGCUCGUCGUGCGCCUCUAUGGGUUCUUAAUAGGCCUCAGCAUAGAUUUGCCACCCAUGCACCUGUACCUUGUUCGCCGCCUCAACCACAGGAGGGGAUAGACUUUACGACAGCCAAAAUAGCUGUAUGGUGGGACACGGAGAAUUGCCACAUUCCUAAGGGUUAUGAUGCGCGCCGCCUCGGGGGGAGCAUUAGGGACUCGCUUGAAAAAGCGAAUUACCGAGGUCCCAUGUCGAUCUAUGCCUUCGGUGAUAUGCAACUGAUUCCUCAUUUGACCCAGCAGGCUCUGAUCUCUACUGGAAUAGACUUGCAUCAUGUUCCACCAAAAGAUAACGAUGAUAAGGAUGUGAGUGACUAUAAGAUCAUUGGAGAUAUUUUUAACUGGACAAUGACGAAUCCUAUCCCUGCUAAUAUUAUGGUCAUUUCCGGCGAUAAAGACUAUUCGGUCGCCUUACAUCAACUUAGGUUGAGGAGGUAUAACAUCCUUCUAGGAGUGCCUCUAAAUGGAGCCUCCCCUUCUCUCGUCAUUGCGGGAAAACAGGUUUGGCUUUGGACGAGUUUACUAGCUGGAGGAAAUCCACUCACGAAGACAGCAAUUGCUCAGCUAAUAAAGUGAAGAAAUACACAACACUGAGGGCUUUUGACUUUGGAAAUGGGUUUUCAUUUUUUUUUUGUGUUUUGCUAAUACACUCGUUCCUAUGCACGAACACUUGUAAUGUAAUGUUUCAAGUUUUUUUUUUUUUUUUUUUUUUNUUUUUAAUUCAUAAUCAGAGAAAUGGACCAUAUUAAGUAUUAAAAUUUGAAAUCUGCUUAA